UGCUAACCAGAAUUAAAGGUUUUUACUUAGAGGGGGAAGGAUGUUAGGGAAUGCAACUAACUAACAACUAAUCCCAACGUUGGUAGUCAGAACCAAAAAGAUUCUACAACCCAAAAUUAUCAAGGAUUCUUUGAAGAAAAGGAUUUAUUAUUGAUUUACCCCCUCCUUUUGUUAAAAAAAAAAAAGAGAAAGGGAAAGGAAAAGGAAAAGGAAAGGGAAGAUAUAUUGUUCAUCAUCUGAGGGUGGUGGCAUUGUUUUUCCGUUCUGCGGGUUCUUGGUGCGUGAAGAUUCGUGUCGGAGGUACAAACCCCUAAGUCUAUCUACACUUUUUUUUUUUUUAAAAAAAGAAGGGAAGAUAUAGAAAAAAAACUACAUUAUAUCAUAUCAUUCCACCACAGCACAAACAAGCGGGUUGAAAUAUUAAUCCCCCCUUCCCCUUAUACACACACCCUCACCCCCAAAAAGGAAAAGGGAAAAGCCAGAAGGAAGAAAAGAUGCGCGCGAACCCGAACAUCAUCAUCACGGGCACGCCCGGGGUGGGCAAGACGACGCACGCGGAGGCCCUCGCGGAGCGGACGGGGCUGAAGCACGUGUCCGUCAACCAGGUGGUUAAAGAUAAGGGGUGUCACGAGGGCUGGGACGACGAGUUCUUGAGCUGGAUAGUGGAUGAGGAUAAGUUACUAGAUGCGCUUGAGGAAGAGAACAUCAAGGCGGGCGGCUUCAUCAUAGACUGGCAUGGUUGCGAGAUCUUCCCGGAGAGCUGGAUCGACCUGGUGGUUGUGCUGCGGGUUGACUCUAGCACGCUGUAUGACCGGUUAACUGCAAGAAAAUACCCCGAGGCGAAGCUGCAGGAGAACCUAGACUCGGAGAUCAUGGAGGUGCUGCUCCAGGAAGCGCGGGACUCGUACGAGGAGCGGAUCGUGGUGGAGCUCGAGAGCAACACGACGGAGGAGAUGGAGAGCAACGUCGAUCGCAUCGAGGCGUGGUUCAAGCAGUGGAAGGAGGACCAUCCUGUUGUGGGUGGUGAUGGUGAGGGUGGGGGGCAUUAGUAUGUUUGUUGUAUUUUAUAGAAGAUAUGGAUGGUUUGCGUGAGAUACGUAGUGAAUGCGAUGAGAAUGAUACCCAUGGCUUGUGUGUUUGAUUGUGUUUUCGUUUUAUGCUGCCUAGUGUGUAUGAUGAUAUGAUACUAGGUAUAGAUAGAUAUAUGCUGCAGGUAAUCGAUAAUGGUGAUAUCCAAACCUUUAGUAGCUCGUAGUAUUGCUAAUGUCGCUGUACCAAUGAAAAGGCUCGGCAC